AUGCUCUUGAACGCCACCACUGCAAUCUCCAUACCCAAAGUCCUGCUAGUGCCAUACUCAAAAUGGCACGUCCCGCGGUAUCACGAAUGGAUGAAGGACGAGGCCAUGAAAGUAUCUAACCCAUCGGGUCAGGAAAUCCAACAAGCAACAGCCUCAGAGCCCCUAUCCCUCCCAGAAGAAUACGCCAUGCAACAGUCCUGGCGGAACGACGCCGAUAAGCUCACGUUUAUCGUCUGUCUCCCAAUCGACCAAGAGAGAGAUCUGAAAGACGAAGAUGAUGCACCCGCGCGUAUGAUCGGGGACAUUAACCUCUUCCUCCGCGUCGAAGAUGAAGAAGACGAGCAAGGGAAUCCGUGUCCUCCACAGAUCAUCGGCGAGAUCGAGCUCAUGAUCGCCGAGAAGAAGGAUCAGGGGAGGGGAUUUGGGAAGGCUGCACUCCUGGCAUUUGUGAGGUAUGUUCUUGGGCGGGAGACGGAGGUGCUAGGGGAGUUUGUGGCGGGUGAUGAGGAGGCGAAGAGGAUUUUGGGGGCGGAUGUAAAAAAGACAGGGGAGUUGAAGCUUGCGGCGUUGAGCGUCAAGAUUGGGCAGGUGAAUGAGCGGAGUUUGAAGCUUUUCGAGGGCUUGAGGUUCAAGAAGGUUGGGGAUGCGCCGAAUUACUUUGGGGAGUGGGAGUUGAGGAGGACGGGGUUGGAUUUGGAUCUGGGAUGUGAGGAUUUGGUGGUUGGGGGGUAUAGGGAGGUGGUGUAUGGGCGGAAGGAAUAG